CCCGCAACCGUGCCCUAGGUGAGUUUUCUCUCUGCUUCUGGAGCCCGCGGCCGCCCAGCCCCAUAGAAUGGUGCCCCCCGGCCCUCUGCACAUCCCGGACUCCCCCCGUGCUGAGGGCCUCAGGUGAGCCUUGGAGCAGAGUUUCCUCUCUGAGAUGGGGCCUGUCAUCGGUCUGCUGCUCCUGACACUGCUCCAUGUCCCAGGAGGGCUGGGCAGUACGGAUCCCUGGAAGUGUCCCCGGAUUCCCUUUGCUGCCACUCGGAACUUCACCGUGAGGUACGAGGUACACAACUUCACUGCCAGUGGCCCCAUUCAAGGCCUGUUGGCUUACAGGAGUGUGGAGGGUGCCGCAGUUUUUGUGGCCACGCAGAACCGGCUGCAUGUGCUGAAUGCAGCCCUGGAGAGCCAGGGAGUGCUGAGCACUGGCCCCACGAGAGACCCGACCUGUGAGACCUGCGCCUCGUGCAAAGAUGGGGCUGCAGACCCAUGGAGGUCUGAUUCCAAGGACACAGACAACCAGGUACUGGUAAUGGACCCCUAUGAAUCAUGGCUGUUCAGCUGUGGGAGCACCUUACAGGGCCGCUGCUUCCUGCACGAGCUCAAGCCCCACAACGGUUCAUUCCACCUAAACCACACCCUGUGUCUCUUCUCUCCAGAGCACAACAAAAUCACCGCCUGCCCAGACUGUGUGGCCAGCCCGAUGGGCACGCAGGCUCUGGUGCUGGAGCACGGUUACUCCGUGUACUUCUAUGUGGCCUCGUCCCUCAACUCCACCGUGGCCUCCCAGUACAGCCCCGGCUCGGUCUCCAUUCGCCGGCUGAGGAGCUCCCAGGAUGGCUUCUCCCCAGACUUCCAGAUGCUGUCAGUGCUGCCCGCAUACUGGGACACCUAUCCCAUCGAGUACGUCUAUGCCUUCCAUUACCGCUCCUUUGCGUUCUUCCUGACCGUGCAGCGGGAGCACCUGGAGGCCAGCACCUACCAUACACGGCUGAUCCGGCUGAGCGCUAAGGAGAAUGACCUGGGCCAGUACCGGGAGCUGGUCCUGGACUGCCGCUUCGAGACCAAGCGGCGGAGGCGCCACGUCCAGGGGCCGCCUACCCACAGGGUAUACAAUGUUCUCCAAGCAGCGCACCAGGCCCCUGUGGCCUCCAGACUGGCUGAGGAGCUGAACAUCCCGGAGGGGGAGGAGGUGCUGUUCGGGGCCUUUGCUGUGAGCCAAGAUGGCAGCUUGGCUCCGAGCCCCAACUCUGCUGUCUGUGCCUUUCCCAUGAACAUGAUCAACCUGGCCAUCGAGCAGGGCAUGGAUGGGUGCUGUGAGCCUGGGGCCCACGAGAGGAGGGUACUCCGGGGUCUCGAGUUCUUCCAGCCCAGAGGGUUUUGCCCUCACCCGCCAGGCGAAGUGUUUAAGGGCUCCAAUGUCACCUGCCGGAGCUUUCCCACGCUCAUCCCCGCCAACAGCUACCGUGUGGACCUGUUCAACGGGCGGCUGAACAACAUCCUACUCACCGCACUCCAUGUCACACCCCUGGACAAUGCCACUGUGGCGCAUAUGGGCACCGCCGAUGGGCGGGUCCUUCAGGUGGAACUGGCAAGAUCCCUCAACUACCUGUUGUAUGUAUCCAACUUCUCUCUGGGCUCAGAGCAGCCUGUGAAGCGGGAGGUGAGUCGACUUGAGGAUCACCUGUUCUUUGCCUCGGGCAACAAGGUGUACAAAGUGCCCAUCAAAGGGCCCGGCUGUCGGCACUUCCUGACUUGCAGCCGGUGCCUGCGGGCAGAACGUUUCAUGGACUGCGGCUGGUGUGAGGAUAUGUGCACCCGGCAGGAGGAGUGCCAUGGCACCUGGCAGCAGGACCACUGUCCCCCUGUUAUCACUAAGUUCCACCCGCAUAGCGGUCCCAUACGAGGCAACACAAGAUUGACACUAUGUGGCAUGGACUUCCAGAGCUGUUUCCAUUGCAGUUCCACCCCAGGCACCCAGAAUGUCACCGUGGGCCAGAGUCCCUGCAGGCUGCUGCCCAAAGACAACCUAGAUCUCAGAUUCCACCAGCCCAAGAAGGACUUUGUGGAGGAGCUGGAGUGUCAGCUGGAGGCUGCAGGAACGCAGGUGCCAGGCCCUGCCAAUGUGACCCUCAGCAUCUCCCAGGAACCUCAUCAUCACCCCUUCCGAGUAGAUGGCUCUUCUGUCCUGGGAGGGUUCACGUUUGUGGAGCCGGUGGUGACGUCCAUCCGGCCCCUGUUUGGCCCACUGGCUGGGGGCACCCAGCUGUCCAUCCAGGGUCAGAACCUGAAUGUUGGGGAUGGCCAGCAGGUGCUCAUCAAUGAGACCGAGUGCCACCUGGACAGCCAGACUGAAAAGCUGCUACUCUGCACCAUUCCCCCAGGGGGGCACCUGGGCAAUGCCUCCAUCACCCUCCGCAUUGGGGGAGCCUUGUUCCACACCCCCAAGCCCUUCCAGUACCUGAAGAACCCCCAUAUCAUCAGCAUCACACCCAACUGCAGUUUCAGAAACUCUCACAUCACUAUCCAGGGCACCCACCUUUCCUCAGUGUGGCACAUGGCUGUCUCGUUCAAUGAUGGGAAAGAGGAGGUAAAUAAUCUGGAAUGUGAAGGGUCCCUGAGCACAGAGCGACUCUGCAAAGUUCCAGACUACACUGUCCUGGGCCAGGCGGGAGUCGUCCUCGGGAACCUGAGCAUCUGGGAUGGCAGGACCAUCCUGUACCACCUCCCUCGCUUCCGUUACUACCCUCGGCCCCAGUCCCCCAACACCAACGACAGCCAGUACGAGAGCAGGAUCCCGUUGUCCCCUGGGAUGGACACGGUGGCCAUCAAGUAUUUCGGGAUGGAUGCGGUGGCCGGCUGUAUGGAGGUCAACAUGACAGUGGGUGGGCAGCACUGUCUCUCCAGAGUAUUGAACGACGUGGUCAUCUGCCACCUCCCAGAAGGCCUGGACAUCCCUCCGAUAGGGGCCCCUGUUCAGGUCUGUGUGAAUGGGGAGUGCUGGGGACAGGGCCGGGUGGUGCGGGAGAGCCUGGCCUCGCCCCUGCCAGGCAUCAUCGUGGGCAUACUGCUGACCUUCGUCCUGCUGGCCAGCUGUCUUCUGGCCAUGCUGAUGCUCAGGUACAAGAAGAAGAAGAAGGAGCUGGCGAUGGUACGCCUAGAGACCCUGGGGUCUCUGGAGAGGACUGACAUCUCCUACCCCCUCCCCCUGCUGCGCUCAGGUUCAGACUACAGGAGUGGCUCAGGAGUCUCGGACAGCGAGGGCCAUAACCACGGCGGGCAGGAUCGGGGCCCCUCAUCCACUGGCAGCAGCAAUGGCUCAAGUGUGCCCCUCAGAAGGGUUGUGUCCAUCCGUAUUGAGGACCUGAGCCCCGAGCUUCUGGCCGAGGUGAAGGAUGUCCUGAUUCCCUCGGAGCAGCUUCAGACACACUGCGAUCAGGUCAUUGGCAAAGGUCACUUUGGAAUCGUCUAUCAUGGCAAGUACACUGACCCAUCCCAGAAUUGCAUCCACUGUGCCGUCAAGUCUCUGUACCGCAUCACGGAGGUGGAGGAGGUGGAAGAGUUCCUGCGGGAGGGGCUGAUCAUGCGUACCUUUCACCACCCCAAUGUACUCUCCCUCAUCGGUAUCUGCCUGCCCCCCAAUGGGCUACCUCUCGUCCUGCUGCCCUACAUGCCCCAUGGGGACCUGCGCCACUUCAUCCGCUCCCCAGAUCGGAACCCCACAGUCAAGGAUCUCAUCGGCUUUGGCUUGCAAGUGGCCAGAGGCAUGGAGUACCUGGCAGGAAAGAAAUUUGUGCACAGGGACCUGGCAGCCCGGAACUGCAUGCUGGAUGAGUCAUACACAGUGAAGGUGGCUGACUUUGGGCUGGCCCGGGACAUCCUGGACAAGGAUUAUUACAGUGUCCGGCAGCACCGCCAUGCCCGUCUGCCCGUCAAGUGGAUGGCAUUAGAGAGCCUGCAGACCCACAAGUUCACUACCAAGUCAGAUGUGUGGUCCUUUGGUGUGCUGCUGUGGGAGCUGCUGACCCGAGGAGCAUCACCCUACCCUGAUAUCGACCCCUUCGAUAUCAGGCACUAUCUGGCCCGGGGUCGGCGCCUGCCUCAGCCUGAAUACUGCCCACACUCCCUGUACAAGGUGAUGGGACAGUGCUGGGUCCCAGCCACCACGGAGAGACCCAGCUUCAGGGACCUGGUAGGGGAACUGGAACGCAUCUCUGCCUCCCUGCGCGGAGAGCACUACGUCAACCUGAACGGUGGAUACGUCAACUUGGAGCUCAGCCCCCUACUGCCUCCCUGCCCCAGUUCCGAAGAUGAGCUGGACCAGACUGACGACGAGAUGGAGAAGAAGGCAAAGAUCAAUCUCCGCCCCACCCUGAGUAGCCCUGCCUCGGCUCCUCUCUAGGCAGUGUCACAGUAGCUUCCUUUCUCAUGACAGUGUCCAUCCUCCUCCAGGUCCCUACCUGCCUUAACAAAGCUAGCUGGCUAGGCUAGGGAGCGCAGAACAGUUAGCUCAGGAUGGCUGAGGAGGGAGCUAGGUUGGGAAGGAGAGCUCUGAGGGGCUGAGCUUUUCCAUUCAUCUUCCUUCAACCUAGUUCCCUUGAGGGGUGUAGUGGGGCCAGGAGGCCAGGUUUCCACCCCCUAGGGGAUUUGGGGUUCUGGUGUUGGGGUUACAGAUAAUGUCAAUAAACAUGGUCAGGAACACUU